GAAACCGAUGUUGUAUCGUUGAUCGAAUAUGCUUACAUACAAUGAUAUUUUAAUUCUGAUACAUGUGAAAACAGUUACAGCUGAUAUAGAGCAUUGGAAGUAUGUAGAUGAAUGCGAAGAUUCAUGAACAACUGUAUAAUACAAAAACACAUCAUAAACAAUGGAAACAGAAGAAGUUUAUAGUCUCGCAAUCACACCACCCAUUAUAUCAAGGUUUGCAGUUCAAUGGUCUGAAGACAAUCAUAUAUCAGUUCUUACAGAGAAAGGAAUCCAUGUAUUUGAAUUUAUACCAAAUCCAAUGUCUCCAUAUUCGACUAUUAAGUUUUCAAGAUCUUUCAUUUAUGCACCAUUAAUUUUUCCUACGGAAGGCAUAAAAAAUAAGAUAGAAUCGAAAAUUUGGGAUUUGUCUCGCGAAGAGAUUUGCUCGUUUUUAAUGGAAGAAAGUAUGACACCUAAAGUACCAAAUGUUAAGGAGAUGAUACCAAAAAUAGUGGAUUUGGCUUGGUCACCGCAGAAUCUAAUGUAUCCGAACAAUUGUCUUCUUGCAAUUUUAACUACAACGGGGGCUGUUUUAAUUGUUCAAAAAAUUUCUACAGAUUGGUACCCCACGUACGAUUUAAGUACCAUACGUUAUAACGCUAUGGAGAAAGAAAUAACUGUACAGUUGAAAGAUACUAAAGACAAUUCCAUGUUGUUUUUAACAUUAAAAAAUUGUAUAAAAACAUUGCAAGCUUCGUGUAUGACUUGGAGCAUGCUUUUUGUAGAUUUUGCAUACCUCGCCAUUUCUUACCAGAAUGGAGAUGUAAUUAUUUACAAAGUUCCAAGUGUAUCAUAUUGUAGUGAAACCGAAGAUGUAAAAAUUGUUGGCACAAUACGUUUGAAUGAUUGUGCCAGAAUAAACGCGUUACAUUGGAUUAGCAUUGAUACAAAAAAACAUAUAAUUAUUAUCGGUUAUCUCGAUGGACGUAUUCAUGGUCUCUCAAUUGGAGAACGUGAUCAGAUAAUUGAACUUAGAGCAACUAGAAAAUAUUACGAGUACGCAGAUCGCAUACCUAUCAGUAUUAUUAGGGCGUUUCCUCGAUUUAAUGCAACUAUAAAAAUGCUUAUUUCGAAAGGUAGUUUUCUUUUCUUGUUGCACUUAGCAACGAAUGGAACAUUAAAAAGUAUUCAACACAUACAACUAGAAGGAUUUAUGAUUUCAGGAUUGACUUAUGCUAAUGUGGACUGUGCAUUAGUAACAACAGAGAACAACUUGAUGUUUAUGAUCGAUACUAGAAAUGAUAACUUUUCAAAACUACAAGUAAAGAACGUGUGGCAACAAGCUCAUCCACGGUAUCUGGGUCUUGCUCAUUCUUUAAGCUACAUGAUAUUUGUAAAUGUAACUUCUCCAAAUUCUGUAUAUGAUCAUUUGGUAAUGAAAGAACCCAGUAAGCUUCAUUUCUUUGUUUUAAAGCAUGAAAGUUGGGAUCCAUGCACCGUUUUAAAAAAGAAUAAAGGAAAAAGAUUAGAACGUAUUUGGGAUUGCUUAGAAAUGAUCAGAAUGAAAGCAACUAAAGCUGAGAAUAUUGCAGCUGGAUUGCCAAAAACGCCUUCGAUUUUAGAAUCAUUGCCUUUAAAUGAAUUGCGGAUAACAAUGUGGAUAUCCGUAAUAAUGGAAAUCAGCGAGAAGAAGAAAGUAAUUCAAGGUAUAGGAAGUAUUGCAGGGGAAGUAUCGGAAGCGCAGCCAUUGAUUUUCAUUCAUACAGCCUGUGAUUAUCUUGAACGUCUGGAUAAUAAUUCAUCUUUAUUUGAAGAACAACAGCUUUCUAUAUACUUGUUAAAAAUGUACUUCGAGGUUUAUCUAGCAGGAGAAGAAAACGAAGAAAUUACUCCAGUUUCCAAGCGCGCUAGAAAAAUUUUAAAAAGAAUAUCUGAUUUCAAUAUAAAGAAAGUAGAGGCAUGUAAUUUGUGCGGUGAAGUAAUACAUGAUUUGUCUUGGAAAGUUACUAAAUGUUCAAGGGGUCAUAUACUGCCUAGGUGUGCUAUUACUCUCUUACAAAUCACUGGUAUGCAAUAUAAAAUAUGUCGAAUAUGUGGUUUAAUAUUUCAUCCUUGUUUGGACCAAGUGUUUGGAAAAACUAGUUGUCUCUUCUGUGAUAUGCCUGCACAUCAAGAAAAUCGAGUUCUAGGUUCAACAUAUUUUCCAUUGCAAGGAAAAAGUUUAUCUCGACAUGGGAAUCAUGUUCCGGAUGAUCGAGAAGCUGAAGCGGCUUCUGAUGAAACUUGAUGUAAAAAAUAUACCAUAGGUGUUACCAUAGCUGUAAAUACUUUUUCUGUAAUACAUAAUUUAUAUGUUCCUUAA